CGUGGCAGCAGGGGAGCACUGCUCUUGUGAAUGUUCAUUCAUGGUUUUCAGAGCAUGGCAGACUCGAGUAUCCUCACAUUGUCCGCUAAGAAAGUGCAGAGAAAAUAGUUUUCCUGGGUGGUCCGACUCAUUAAUACACUCCGCACUUCUUGAUUUACGGCUCACAGUUCAACUGCUGCCAAUUAACGUGAAAACACGCAAAAAAAAGAGAAGAAAAUACAGAGUGGGAGGGAGGAGGAGGCCACUGAGUUUCCUCCUGUUGGCACAAAAUGAACCUGCCCUCCAACGACCAGAGAAGGGCAGGGACCAGUGAGGAAAUCAUUUGACUCAUCUUCUCAAGGUCUCUGAAGUCUCCACAGGGCCUUGUCCUUGUAGCACAAGACUGCUGAUGCCACGCAGUGCACUGAGAGGGCUGCGCAUGGAUAAAUAUUUGAGUACGUGUGAGUGGCGAAAGCGAGAUGACUCUCAGCCUGUCAGUUGUGUUUGGAGUCGUGGCAUCAAGCAGGGACCUGCUCAGUGACACUGGCCUCCCUCUCUGCGCUGAAGCUGUCGGCAGUGAUGGAGCCCGGUGCUACUGUAUAUAAAAAGGCAGGACAGGGGAGCCUGGAUGGAUGUGGCAUUUUGCAGGGUAAAGCCUGUUUGAAGAGCUCUAAAGGGAGAGUGAGCUGAGCGUGUUUGCACUUCACUAUAUAGACUGAAGAGUCUUUCUGUAACACAAAGGCAGAGGGUGUUUGCAAAGCACGGCGGGGCAGCUAAACGUUUGAAGACGCGAAGCAAAAAGGUCAAAAUGUUUAUAUUAUUUUUUUUGAGAAGGGAGGUGCUGAGAUCUCCUUUCCGCCUGAUUGGCCGAACUUGACAGUGAUUGACGUGCAGCCAUGGCAACCAGGCAGCCAAUCUGCCAAGUCCAAUAGGAAAUCAUCGGAGGGGGCUUGACUGUCUUUUUCUCCCCCCUUAAAAAAUACAUCUCGGCUCCGGCUUUAAUUCUUUCGUACUUUCAAUCCCAGCCUACCUUGAAAAAUACAUCGCGGCUCCGGCUUUAAUUUUCUUGCACCCUCAGCCGUUUGCCUGCCAAGUUUGCCCAGCCUGAGGAUGCGGUAGCCGGUUCCCCACGCAGCAUCGUUCCUCCUCCGCGGCGUUUUUUGGCGUUUGCGUUUUUCACGGCUGGUCAGACGAUUGGUUCGGUAACUUUGGGAUUGCCUUGUUUUUUUGGAGGGGGGUCCCUUGGAUUGCCUCGGCGCACGGGAAGAAGAAGAAGAAGAAGAAGAAGAGGGAGAAGAAGGAGUCGACGCGGAGGAGAGAGAGAGGAGAAAGGAGGGGGAGAGGGAAACACAGGAGAAGCCUCCAUGUUUCAGCUGCCCAUCUUGAAUUUCAGCCCCCAGCAGGUCGCCGGGGUCUGCGAGACUCUGGAGGAGAGCGGGGACGUCGAUCGCCUCGGCCGCUUCCUCUGGUCGCUGCCCGUCGCCCCGGCGGCCUGUGAGGUCCUCAACAAGAACGAGUCGGUGCUGAGGGCCCGGGCCGUCGUCGCCUUCCACACCGGCAAUUUCCGUGAACUCUACCACAUCCUGGAGAACCACAAGUUCACCAAAGAGUCGCACACGAAGCUGCAGGCGCUGUGGCUCGAAGCGCACUACCAGGAGGCUGAGAAGCUGCGGGGACGCCCGCUGGGGCCGGUGGACAAAUACAGGGUGCGGAAGAAGUUCCCGCUACCCAGAACCAUAUGGGAUGGAGAGCAGAAAACCCACUGCUUCAAAGAGAGAACCCGGCACUUGUUAAGAGAAUGGUAUUUGCAGGAUCCCUACCCGAAUCCCAGUAAAAAGAGGGAGCUUGCACAGGCUACAGGACUUACACCCACACAAGUAGGAAACUGGUUCAAAAAUCGCAGACAAAGAGACAGAGCAGCGGCUGCGAAGAACAGGCUCCAGCAGCAGGUCCUGUCCGGCGGCUCGGUUCGCUCCCUGGCGGACGAGGACGGCACCGUGGACCGUCUGGGGAACUCGUCCAGUCCGGAGGCCAGUCUGUCCAGCAAAGCAGCCGCCUCGGCCAUCUCCAUCACCUCCAGCGACAGUGAAUGUGACAUCUGACGGGCAGAUCGACGGUGUUUGAUGAAUUGAAAAGGGGAUACGAGUGAAAGACAAUCUAAUAAAACAAGUCAUAGUGCCUCCGUUGAGUUAAAACACAAACACACACACACACACACACACACACACACAUACACACACACACAUACACACACACGGACACAAACACACACACACACACACACAUACACACACACAUACAAGGAUAUAUGACGGCUGCCAAAACAUGAGGAGAUCUGUGAUCUGCGGCGGACUGCCCGUCUUUAUCCUUUAGGCCUAUACUUUCGUAUUGUUUGCGUUUUACCCACGUGUGGAUAACUGAACUUAAUACGGACGAAACAUAUUUCACGGACUAAUAAACCAACGCCCCGAGAUGAAAAGUAAAAAAAAAAGAAGAAAACAUUUAAAAAAAAAGGGAUGAAGGCAUCCGAGCGCCUAACCUGCUGUUCUCUGUGGGUAUUUCAUGUUGAAAAAGAACUGUGAUAUUUUUACUUUACUUUCAAAGUUUUAUAAAUAAUGUUUAUUUGCCUAUUUAAAAACGAUCUGCUCUGUCUCUUCGAAUUUCAUAUUCAUUUGCUUGGUGUUUUUAAUACUUACCUUGUACACAGGUGAACCUGUUGAGCAUGCGCGCUUUAGUGAAAUUGUGUUUCAGUAAAA